GCGGAGAGGGUGGCAACAUGGCGGCCGCCGGGCCGGCCGCGCGUCCGGGGACCAUGAGCCGCAAGGAGUACAAGGCUGCCCUGAAGAAGGAGAGGCGGAGGAAGCGGAGGCAGGAGCUCGCUCGACGGAGAGACGCGGAGCUGCCGCCGACGGAGGCGGAAGAGGACGCCAUCGCCGAGGAAAGGCGAGUCGAAGAAGAAAGGCUGGCGGAGGAGGAGAGGCAGAGGCUACACCGAGCAUGGCUGCUGCGGGAAGAGAAGGCGCAGGAGGAGUUCAGGGCGAAGAAGGAGAGGGAGGAGGCGGCUCGGCGGCGGAAGGAGGAGGAAGAGAGGAAGCUGAGGGCCGAGUGGGAAGAGCUGCAGAGGAGAGAGCGCGAGGCCGAGGAGCAGAAGCGGCAGGAGAGGAGAGAAAGGGAGGAAGCCGUGCGGCAGAUGCUGCGGCGGGCCGAGGAGGGGUUGGGGGGCGGCGGCCCCUGGCAGAACCCGGAGCCGCCGCCGCCGUCGGAGGUCGGGGUGCGGGAGAGAGGUCGAGCCAGCUGUCCGUUCUACAGCAAAACCGGGGCGUGCAGGUUCGGCGAGCGCUGUUCGCGGGCCCACGACUUCCCCGCCUCCAGCCCCACGCUGCUGCUCAAGAGCAUGUUCACCACGUUUGGGCUGGAGCAGAGCCGGCGGGACGACUACGACCCCGACGCCGGCCUGGAGUACAGCGACGAGGAGACCUACCAGCAGUUCCUGGACUUCUACCACGACGCCCUGCCCGAGUUCAAGAAGGUGGGCAGGGUGGUGCAGUUCAAGGUCAGCUGCAACCUGGAGCCCCACCUGAGGGGCAACGUGUACGUUCAGUACCAGUCGGAAGAGGACUGUCGGGCCGCCUUUUCUCUUUUCAAUGGACGGUGGUACGCAGGGCGGCAGCUCCAGUGCGAGUUCUGCCCCGUGACCCGGUGGAAGGUGGCCAUUUGUGGCUUGUUUGAGGUCCAGCAGUGCCCAAGAGGGAAACACUGCAACUUCCUUCACGUGUUCAGAAAUCCCAGCAGUGAAUUUAGGGAAGCCAACAGAGACGCCCACCUGUCGCCAGAUUGGCCUAGCUCCUCCCUCGGUAAGAAUUGGGAGAGGAGGGAAAGGACCGGCCACCAUGAUGAACACUACGGCAGCGGCAGCGGCGGGUCAAGACGAAGGAGCCUGAGUCCAGACCGCUCCUACGAGAGGAAGGGCGAGUCCGACAGGAAGAGCGGUGGUAAUCACAGGGGGGAAAAGUCUCACAGACACGUGCGGAAAGGUCGUGAGAGGCGCAGGUCACUGAGCAGAGGACGAAGAAGGAAUCACAGCCCCGGCCCCUGGAGCAAGAGCCGGAGGAGUCGCAGGAGCCGGAGCCGGAGCCCGAGCUCAUCAAGGUCCAGGAGUCAUGGCAGGAGGAGAUCAGGUAGUAGAGACAGAAGCACCCAGAGCCCCAAAGCUAAAUAAACUUGGUUGUUUUCAAAUACCAGCCUGUUUAUGGCAGCUGCUCCCCUGUACCAGACUAGUCAAACACUAUUGUGUAAAUCAUACUUUUUGAUAAAUUGUAUAUAUAAUAAUAUGAAAUUAUUUGUAACUUUGAGAGCGUCAGGGUUUUUGUUGUUGUUUUCUGUAUCUCUCUUUGUCUCUGUCUCUUUCUGUGUGUGAGAGAGAGAGAGAGCGAGUGUGUAUCACAAGUACAGAGGUCAAAGGACAAUUUUCACGAGUCAGUUACACAGUGAAACCCAGGGACAGAACUGAGGUCAUGAGGCUUUCACACCAAGGAUCUUUACCCUCUGAGCCGUCCUGCCGGCCCACCUUUAUUCUUGUUAAGUGUCCAUACCCUUGAUUUUUGCCUUAUGCAUAUGGGUAUUUUGCCUGCAUGUAUUUGUAUGCACCACUUUUGUGCCUAGUGCCCAUGGACACCAGAAGAUGGUGUCAGACCCCCUGGACUGGAGUUAUAGAGGGUUGUGAGCUACCCUUUGGG